AUGAUGUUUGAGGUCAAGCGUGUGAUGGGACGAAGAAAAGAUAAUGAAGAAUAUCCUGAGACUGUACAAUUUAUCAUAAACCUGGGCACUUUGCAAGAAGAAGGAGAAUGCAGUCAGGAUAUUUGGACCCCCAACCGGAUGAACAAUGCUAACCAUCUCCUCGCAAGUGAGACAAGGGAUUUGAGAGAACAAUCUAUUUAUGGUGCUGCUUCCGUUGUGAUGCUCCACAAGUUAUCAGCUAUUAAGAAAAUCUUACCAAUUCUGCUAUUAAUUUAUUGUCUCUUAUUACUGGAGUUUAGCAUACCGGUGACGUUCUUCAAGCGUAGUACUUUCAACAACAUUAUUCUUCACGAAAUGAGCUUCGUGAAUUAUUCACUACAUUACAAGUAUAUCAUGUUACCAGAUCUUUCGUUAUGCGAUGGAUCACGAGGCCAUAAUCCUCUAGUCGUCGUCACUGUCCUCUCAACUGCGAACCGUUCAGAUACACGACGGGCAAUUCGGGAAAGUUGGGCGUCCGCUCGAGAAUCCAUCUCAGUCAACACCGGUCGCGUGUUAGUUUUUUUCCUGCUCUCCGCUCCAACUUCAGUACACGAACUAUACGUGCUACAAAAGGAGCAGAAGAAGCAUAGCGAUAUUAUUGUUACCGAUUUGAUGGAGUCCUACGAGAACCUGGUGUUCAAAGUUUAUGCAUCUCUCGUGUUUCAUCAGCAUUACUGUCCCAUGGCACAGUUUCUUAUGAAAGUCGACGAUGACGUUUGCCUCCAGCUUGACCGUAUGGUUCAACUAUGGAAUAUGGACGAUAAGGUCAACAAAUCUAUUUACUGUCAAGUAUUACCAAGAGCACGUCCGAAGAGAGAUCCUUCGAAUAAAUGGUAUGUGCCCGAUAAGGUAUGGCCAGAUCAGUACUAUCCUCAAUACUGCAAUGGUCCCAUGUACGUAAUAGGUAAAAUCGCCGGACAAGCUAUGCUCGAUCAAGCGCAGAUUUUUUCACCACUAACAAUUGAGGAUGUGUUUUACACCGGCGUUGUAGCUGAAUCGGCUAAUGUUCGACGAAUUAACUGGGGAAGGAGCAUGGUCUCCAACACCAGGGAGUUUUGGAAAGGACAUCUAAGAUGUAGCGUGACAAAGGAGCCCCUAUUGUUCGCCGCUCACUCAUUUGAAACUCCAGACAGCAUGCGAAAAGGUUUUCGAAUCAUGAAGAACUAUCAGUGCCUUCAACACAAUUCAUCCACGAAAAACAAAAAGAAAAGUUUGUCAAAAUUAAGUUGA